AGAUCAGCUCGAUUUUUGAGCAUUCAUUUUGAAUAAUCCACAGCAUAGCACCUUUUAUAAAGCUGCAAAGUGAACAACUCACCUACAACUGUCUUGGUUGUACUUGAUGGUCGUGCUGCGGGCAGGGACUUACUGCCGCGAUCAUGGCUGAUUUUUUAGAAGCUGACGAUGACGAGGUAAUGUCGGAGCAGAGCUGGUCACACCUCUCCAGGCAUCACCUGAAGGUUGGCUUCCGAGAAGGAGCCGGUCAAUCGCAAGAUGAUGCACGACAGCGCGGCUUUGACGAAGGUUUUGCCGCAGCUGCACGGGAAACGGCUGAGCUAGCAUGGUGCCGUGGUGUUGUAAGCGGUGUUCAGAUGAUGAUAGUCAUGAGAGACGGUCCCGCUGCCGCUUCUGGUCUCAGUGAUCUGGAGGAGCUGUUGUCGGAGAUCAAGAUGGCAGAGAACAGGGUCACAGCCAGGCGAGAUGCACCUGCGGAUGAUCAUGCCACGGUGGCAGGCCAGCCGCAGCGCAACGAGCAGUUACAGUGUCCCGAGCACCAGCUGUGCGCGGGUGCUGUGAAGUCAGUCGACGGGCCGUUGCUGGAGCGCCUUCAGUCCGUGCUGGAGCGUCGCGGCUUCAAGUUGCCGAUCGAACGACAGCCUUAGCAGCACGAAGACAGACGGCAAUAGGAUCGACUGCUUCAUCUGUGAGUAUCCUUCACUCAUCCAGUGCAGUACAUGUACAUGUACUGGCAGCAAACCAGACGCAUGCUGGCACAAACCAGACGCAUGCUGGCAGCAAACCAGACACAUGCACAGUCGGACCAGCGCGUACUCACUGCCGGAAUGAUGGUGCGUAGAAGACAUUGAAGAGGAAGGAGUGAGGAAGUAAGACGGAGAUGGCAGCAUUGUCUUCAGCGCCCAGCAUGGCCAAGCUGCCCGCCAAUUGAUCACCUCCGGUUGUGACAAUGUCGAAAGGUUCUACACGUAAUGAAUCUUGGCAUCACACGCUACUUGUCCUUUCCGACAAGACGCCCGGAGUGGUGUUGAUUGUGAAUCGUGUUGCCAGGUUUGAUUCGGUAAGUGGUACGCGCGGUGUGGGUGACUCGAUUCUCUGACGACAUCAUCGCGUUACUCAUAGGCAUGUGUGCUGACAGUGACAUCAUCACAUGACUCAUAGGCAUGUACGUUGGCAGUGACAUGUAUCAGCACGUGGCUCAUGGGCCUGUAUGCUGGCAGUGAUAUUGACUAUUGUCUCUUUCACGUGCACUCCUGUGUGCUUGGCUUUGCUGCUCGCUCUUCCCGGUCUCAGCACUGAACUGCCAUCCCUAUCAGAGAUCUGGCCACGGACUCACGGCGCCCUGCUCACUGCUGUGCGGGAUCGUGCUGUGAGUGAUGUGCUGAUAAUGCCUGUGCCAUUCGGUGCAUUUGCUGCAGAUUAUGGAUUUUGCUGAUACAUAUAGCUACUGUUUUUCAUUCUUCUGAGCCACUACACGCGAUUCCCUGCCAUUGCGAGAGUGGCCCUGUGCCAGUCACUCUCUUGCUGCUACAGUCGACCUACCCUUAUAACAAUAUUUGCGUCAAACCAAGAAAUAUUGUUAUAAGGGUAAUAUUGUUAUAAGGGUAACUGGUUCAUUUCAUACACAUACGUCAUAAUGCAUGGAUUUUGUUCAUUUUUUACACUCUUUAUAGCAUAAGACUGACGUACAUGCCCAUUGUGUACACAGCAAGGUGCCUACUGGUGCCCCCAUUGGAUUUCGUCAUGUCCCAGCGACUUAUCAAGUGAAGCUUGCCCUACCUGGAUAGUGGGCUCUACAUAUCCCCUGCUAGAUAUUGUUAUAAAAUGGAAAAUGUUGAUUGGUCAGCCCAUUUUAUAUCGUUAUAGGGGUAAUAUCGUUAUAGCAAUAUUGUUAUAGAGGUAAGGCAUUGUAUACACAAGUCAAUGGAGUGAUUUGGUUUGCCAGAAAAAUAUCGUUAUAAGGGUAAUAUCGUUAUAGAGGUUAUCGUUAUAAGGGUAGGUCGACUGUACCAACUGAU